CACUUACAAUCUACGGGCCCAAAUCGUCCUAAUCCAACCCAAGUUUUAUUCUUUUUCGUUUAAAUAACACAAAACCCUAAAUCCACCCUAGCUGCCAUCGGACAUAACUUUUGCGAUACAGGGAGAGAGAGAGGAGGAAGAAGGAAAACGCAGCCAUGUCUAAAAGAAAGGUUCGGGAACCAAAGGAAGAAAAUGUCACUCUUGGACCUGCUACUCGUGAAGGAGAGCUUGUAUUUGGUGUGGCACACAUCUUUGCAUCCUUCAAUGACACCUUCAUUCAUGUGACUGAUAUCUCUGGAAGGGAAACCAUGGUCCGGAUUACAGGUGGGAUGAAGGUGAAGGCUGACAGGGAUGAGUCGUCACCCUAUGCAGCUAUGCUUGCAGCACAGGAUGUCUCUCAAAGAUGCAAGGAACUUGGCAUAAAUGCUCUUCACAUAAAGUUGAGGGCAACUGGAGGUAACAAGACAAAGACACCUGGCCCAGGUGCCCAAUCUGCCCUCAGAGCUCUUGCUCGUUCUGGCAUGAAGAUUGGUCGCAUAGAGGAUGUGACUCCAAUUCCAACUGACAGUACACGUAGAAAGGGUGGAAGAAGGGGAAGGAGGUUGUGAUGUGAUGUGGGUAUAUGCAGCAGCUGUGUAUUCAAAUGGAUUUAUGUUGGGCCAAGUUUUGUUUUUUGGGUUGACAUUUAAUGGGCAGAUAAUUUGUUGAAUUUUGGUAGACAUGUUUUGUUGUUAUACUCUUUCUGUGCUGUAUGGAGUUUAAGAUGUUUUUAUUACUUCAAAUAUUUUAGUUUCAUCCCCUAA